ACCUUGUGUAGCAGAAAAAUUUACAUCAGAAGUAUAAAGGUCUAUCCUUUAGUCGACUAUAUAAUGUAAUCUUUAAGAAAGAUGUUAAUUCGAAUGUCGUUACCUAUGGUGCUGCACAGAUUUCAUCUUCUGUUCGGAUUUGCCGCUGCACUUAGCUUGCCCAGCGAAUUUAAGCGGUGCAGCCUAUCGGAUCCCAAGAGAGAAGAAUGUUUGCGAGACGCCAUUCAGCACGCCUUCCCACUGCUGAAGAAUGGUUUACCGGAAUUUAAUUUUCCUCCACUGGAACCGACCAGAAUAGAAAGUAUGACCAUCGGGGAAGGUCAUGGGAGCGUGGACAUUCGGCAGACGUACAAAAACGUGGAGCUUCACGGAAUGUCCGAGGUCAAAGUGAACAGCAUUUCACUAGAAGAAGCGGGUGACGUGGCAACGUUGUCACUUACUGGAAUUUACGAUAAGCUACGCAUGGAGGCCGAUUACGAAAUCGAUGGGAGAGUUUUACUAUUGUCCGUUCACGGAAAGGGGCGAUGCGUCAUAAACCUUUAUAAUGUCACCGCGAAUCCGACAAUAAUAAGUAAACAGUACGAGAAGAACGGAACGACCUAUUCCAGAAUUGAGACGUUCAACGCUAGCACAAACCCGAAAAAGGUGGACUUCCAUUUCGAAAACCUAUUCGACGGAAAUGAGAUCUUGGGAAGGGAAGUCAACAACUUGAUCAACGCCGAAUGGGAGGUGGUCUUCGGCGAUGUAAAACCGGCCCUAGACAUCGCGCUUGGGGCCAUUUUUAAGAGAAUAGCAAAUAUUAUUUACACCAAAGUGCCAUUUUACGAACUAUUUCCAAAGUGAUCUUAUCAACGUUCUUUGAGUGGAAUCGGUUUCUUCAAACUGGAGUAAUAAGGGUAGACAAUCCAUUAGAUCUAAGUAAGACAAAUAAAAAUUGAUGUUGUUUCCCUCC